UAACAUUCACAUGCAUCCAUGCAUCUUUCUGAUCUCUCCCUGUAUAUAUAAGUAAUCGCAGUUCUUAUCGCAGCAGGGAGAGCAAAGUCAUCAACCAGAGAAUUCUGUGACCUGCUUGGUCUCGUAGCUACCAUGACCAUCGGCGUCUGCUACGGCGUGGUCGCUAACAACCUCCCGCCGGCGAACGAGGUGGUGCAGCUCUACAGGUCCAAGGGCCUCACCGGCAUGCGCAUCUACUUCGCCGACGCCAAGGCUCUCUCCGCGCUCCGGGGCUCCGGCAUCGCCCUCAUCCUCGACAUCGGCGGCAACGACGUGCUGGCCAGCCUCGCUGCCAGCGCCUCCAACGCGGCGAACUGGGUCCGGGACAACGUGCGGCCCUACUACCCGGCCGUGAACAUCAAGUACAUCGCCGCCGGCAACGAGAUCCUGGGCGGCGACACGCAGAACAUCGUCCCGGCCAUGCGGAACCUCAACUCGGCCCUCAACGGCGCCGGCCUCGGCGCCAUCAAGGUGUCCACCUCGAUCCGGUUCGACGCGGUGACCAACACCUUCCCGCCCUCCAACGGCGUGUUCGCGCAGGCCUACAUGACGGACGUGGCCCGGCUCCUGGCCAGCACCGCCGCGCCGCUGCUGGCCAACGUGUACCCCUACUUCGCCUACAAGGACAACCCGCGGGACAUCCAGCUCAACUACGCGACGUUCCGGCCGGGCACCACCGUGCGUGACCAGAACAACGGGCUGACCUACACGUGCCUGUUCGACGCCAUGGUGGACGCCGUGGUCGCGGCGCUGGAGCGGGCCGGAGCGCCGGGGGUGAGGGUGGUGGUGUCGGAGAGCGGGUGGCCGUCGGCCAGCGGGUUCGCGGCGACGGCGGACAACGCGAGGGCGUACAACCAGGGGCUGAUCGACCACGUCGGCGGGGGCACCCCCAAGAGGCCCGGCUUGCUGGAGACGUACAUCUUCGCCAUGUUCAACGAGAACUUCAAGACCGGUGAGCUCACCGAGAAGCACUUCGGGUUGUUCAACCCGGACAAGUCGCCGGCGUACCCCAUCCGCUUCUAGUACGUCUGGCUGCAUAUCGAUCGUCCAUGCAUACGUACGUACACACAUGAAUCGUCAACCUAAAUAAGCUGAGCGUAGCUCAGUAGGUGAGGCGCGGGAGUUCCGAGUCUCGCCUCAGCGUUUGGUGCCUACGGAGUUUUUUUCUAUAAAAAAUGCCAACAGGCUAGUCUAGCCCGCGUUGGUUUUGUUAUUAUUUUUUAAUAAGCUGUGCAGUGCCAGCACUAUAUGAUACGGGGUCUAUUUUUUGGAAUUACUUUUAUUUGUAAUUAUUUAUUGUACGCUGUGAACAUUUUUAUAAUAUAUUGUUGUUUAUUUUCAUUAAAUAUAGAAUAUUAUAAUUGGAAAUGGUGAAAGUUUUAUAAUA